CCGCGACAUUCAGCUCACGUAUGAUGCCAGCUGCUGACAAUCGAGUAUUGGGGCUGCAUGUCGCAACCGCCAGUAUGAUUUAUGCUCGCGAUGCCAGGAGAACCGUGGCAGCGGUUGGAUUCGUAACAAUCAACCAUGUCUUCCGUAGAGCAACAACCUCUGCUCACGCCAAACUCGAGCACUGAUACCUCAAAAACAUACGGCGAGGUCGAUGAUUCUCCGAUUUCAGAAGGCGUCUCACGAUCUAUCGAGGAUGAUGUGCUGCCAGAAACAUCAACGCUUGGGAGGACAAUCUCCUGGCCGAGUGCCUACAUCCUCGUCAUUUCACGCGUCAUCGGCAGCGGUAUUUUCGCGACUCCAGGUGUCAUCGUCAAAGAGGUCGGAAGUGUGGGCUUGAGUCUGUCGCUUUGGAUUCUGGGAGCCAUAAUCGCAGCGUGUGGACUCGCUGUGAGCUUGGAGUAUGGAUGCAUGCUCCCUCGCAGUGGUGGAGAGAAGGUGUAUUUGGAAUUCACGUUCCGCAAGCCACGAUAUCUCGCAAGCACUAUGAUGGCCGUCCAGGCUGUGAUUCUAGGCUUCACCGCGAGCAAUUGCAUUGUGUUUGCACAAUACACGCUGUACGCGUUUGGCGUUCAGGCUUCGGACUUUCUACGCAAAACUCUCGCAGUUUGUCUACUCACUGCGAUCACAAUUGUACACGGAUGCUUCAUGCAAACCGGUAUCCGGAUCCAGAACUUCCUCGGAUGGAUCAAGGUCGGCCUAGUAAUCUUCAUGAUUCUCUCUGGUCUCUUCGUAGUCGUGUUUCGGCCACAGGGGCUCGACGGGCGGAGGAGCCAUUUCCCAGCAGGAUCAGAUCUGUGGCAAGACACGGAAUGGAGCUGGGGCGUCAUCUGCACAGCACUUUUCAAAGUCUUCUACUCAUACGCGGGUUUGCAGAACGUCAACAACGUCAUGAAUGAAGUCCGCGAUCCAGUACGGACACUCAAGUCGGUCUCUAUCACCGCGCUUGUCACAGCAUGCGUUUUAUAUUCUCUUAUCAAUGUUGCAUAUUUCAUCGUCAUACCUUUAGAUGAGAUCAAGCAAAGCAAGGAGCUCAUUGCGGCUUUGUUCUUCGAGAAGGUUUUCGGUGCCACAGUGGGAAGGGUGUUGUUACCGCUCGCUGUGGCGUUGUCAGGAGCCGGUAACGUCAUGGUUGUUACCUUCGCGCUCGCUCGACUCAACCAGGAGAUCGCACGGCAGGGCUUUCUGCCUUUCUCCGACCUCCUCGCAUCUUCCAAGCCCUUCAAUGCACCACUUGGUGGACUCAUUGUGCACUACAUUCCUUCGCUGCUAGUGAUCGUUCUUCCUGCCUCUGGGGAAGUCUACUCGUUCAUACUCGAGGUGGAAGGUUACCCAGGUCAGAUCUUCGCAUUGGCGAUGUCAGCUGGACUGCUCUGGCUUAGAUAUGCCCGACCCGAUCUCAAACGACCUUUCAAAGCCUUAACUUUGGCUAUUGUGCUGCGCAUUGUCUUGAGCGUUGCAUUACUCGCUGCUCCCUUUUUCCCACCAAGAGACGGAACGAGGGAUGGGCACAUUUGGUAUGCGACGUAUGCAGUCGUAGGAAUCAGCGUCAUCGUCUUUGGAUUCUUGUAUUGGUAUGUGUGGAUCAGGCUCAUCCCAAGAUGGAGGGGUAGGCCGGAAACUUACGACCGACCGUCCGAGGAACAUCUCGUGACGGUCCGCGAUGUCAAAGGUCACGAGAGUGAAUACUCGCUUGAUGUGAACGGCUUCCAGUUCUACACGCACACCAGCGUGGAAAAAGACUUCCUCGACGACAAACAGAUCAAGGACAGAUAUUAUAAGGAGACUGAACAGCUGCUCAAGGAUGCCACUGGCGCGUCCCGCAUCUUCAUCUUCGACCACACUAUUCGUCGCCCAGCGCCUGAUGACAAGUCAGCAAGCAGAGAGCUUCGUGGUCCAGUCCAGCGCGUGCAUAUCGACCAGUCAUAUGCCGCAGCAAUCUCACGCGUGCCGCACCAUCUACCCGAAGAAGCAGAAAAGUUACUCCAGAGCCGCGUGCAAAUUAUCAACGUGUGGCGCCCUAUCAAGACUAUACAGCGUGAUCCGUUGGGUGUUGCAGAGGCAAGCAGUGUGGGUGAAAAGGACUUGGUCGUCAUGGAGUUGAUCUACCCGAAUCGUAGGGGUGAGACGCUUAGCGUAAAAUAUGACGCUGGACAUCGAUGGUUCUACAAGUCUGGGCUUACGCCUGAUGAGGUAAUACUGAUCAAGUGCUUUGACUCGAAGCUUGAUGGCAGGGCGAGGAGGGUCCCGCAUACAGCAUUCCAUGUCCCUGGGACGGGGGAAAGGGAGAAGAGGGAGAGCAUCGAGGUCAGGGCUCUGGUAUUCCAUGAGGAUGAUACGUUGGAGUAGAAUGUCGAAGUUUGCGUGAGAAUUUAACCUCAUCUGUGGGGUUAGUUAUGAUGUUUCGAUAACUAGCUUUUUUU